GCCCACGUGCACAAAUGUGUUUCCUGAACAGCAGAAGGUUGUGUUGUGAAAUACAUGCUUUAAAUAACAUUACCAGUGAGAGAAGUAACAUAACUGUUUGACAGUAUUUGACGGUCGGCGACGAUGGGUAAAAAGAAGAACAAAGGCAGUGCUAUAGGCAGAGGCAUUAUCAAAGACAGGUUCGGCGCGGCAAAGAGAACUGACAACAGCUUCCUACACACAAGUGAACUGAAUGAUGGUUACGACUGGGGACGACUGAACCUACAGUCAGUGACAGAACAGUCUCACCUGGAUGAAUUCCUCAGUACAGCACAGAUGGCAGGAACAGAAUUUACUGCAGAAAAGCUGAACAUAAAGUUUGUGGACCCACAAAGAGCUGCAACUCUGUCGGAGGAUGAGAAGAAGAAGAUCCGAGAAGCUCAAGAUGAAAACCGAAGUCUUCUGAGGAUUCCACGAAGGCCAAAGUGGGAUGAGAGCACUACCGCCGAGCAGCUGGAGCUGAGAGAGAGAGACGCCUUUCUGGAAUGGAGGAGAAAUCUUGCAAGCCUUCAAGAAGUGGAGCACAUUGUGAUGACACCUUACGAGAAGAACCUGGAUUUCUGGCGACAGCUAUGGCGUGUUAUUGAGAGGAGCGAUGUUGUUGUCCAGAUCGUGGAUGCACGGAACCCUCUGUUGUUCCGGUGUGAAGACAUUGAGAGCUAUGUGAGGGAGGUGGACAGUACGAAGGUCAACCUGCUCCUGGUGAACAAGGCCGACUACCUGACUGAGGAACACAGGCAUCAUUGGGUGGAUUAUUUCACAUCCCAGAAUGUGCGAGUUGUGUUCUGGUCAGCCUUACAUGAAGCCAACAGACAGAAGGAAGAAGCCAAACAAGAGGAAGAUGGUGAUGUUGUUGUGGACAGUGAUGAUGACAGUGAUCCUGAGAUCAUGGAGUGUGAAAACGCAGAAUGUGAGAACAGUGAGCGUAGCUCUGAAACACAUAGCAGGCUAAGUGACGCCUCAAAUGUUGACAGGGACCAAACAAAUCCAUCACACCUUCAAUGUGAGGCAGGCAGUCCUGGUGAAAAAGUGGACAGUAGUAAGGGAGGUAACUCCUCUGGUGGCGAUGUGUCCCGGUUUAAUUCCACCAGAAUUGUGAGUGGUCCGGACUUGCUCGAGAUUCUAAGGAACCUUCACUCAGGAGCCAAGUACAAGGCUCACGUCACAACCAUAGGCAUGAUCGGCUACCCCAAUGUUGGCAAGAGUUCUACAAUUAACGCCAUCCUACAGAUGAAGAAGGUGCCAGUGUCUGCUACUCCUGGCCGAACCAAGCACUUCCAGACGCUGUUUGUCGACCCAAUGUUGAUGCUGUGUGACUGUCCAGGACUGGUAUUUCCGUCGUUUGUGUCCACUAAGGCUGACCUUGUGGUCAAUGGAAUCCUGCCCAUCGACCAGAUGCGGGACCACGUUCCACCAGUUUCACUCAUCUGCGAGCGAAUACCACGAAAGACGCUCGAGAUGAUGUACAGCAUCAACAUUCCUCUCCCCGAAUCAGAAGAUGUUGAUGAAGAUGUCCGGCCUACAGCACAUGAGCUUCUGAAUGCAUAUGGAUUAAUGCGUGGCUACAUGACCUCCAAUGGCCUCCCUGACUGCCCAAGGUCAUCAAGAUACAUCCUGAAGGAUUAUGUCCACGGGAAGCUACUGUACUGUCAUCCCCCACCUGGUCUGGAUGCUGAACACUUCCAAGCCACACCUAUCCUGGAGAAGGGCGGAGUCACCCAUCCUAGUGGGCAGGAAGAGGAACCGGAUCUCUCGCUGAAGGCCAAAGCUCCACACACUACAUCUCUAGAUAAGGAGUUCUUUGCCAAGGCCAGAAUGUCUGCCCACUCAAAAGGGACACGUGGAGUGUCCAAAUUCGUCCGAUCCGAAGGGCUCCAACAUGUUUCUGCUGAGUCAACACAGAGCUCCACCCCUCACAGUAGCAAGACAUCAAUUAAUGAGAAAACAUGGAAACGACACAAUAACAAAAACAAGAAAGAAAAACUUCGAAGAAUACAUUCAGAUUACGACAAAUGAAAUUCUUUUCAAAUCUUAAACUUAGCUUCAUGAUGUCAUAUCCAUGUCUUUCAUUAUAAGUAGACCACUAUCUUACAUUGCAGAAAUGUAAUUGAGUGGUUUGAACCAGGACAUAUGGGAAGGUGAAGAGAAGCUGGUUAGGGACCGUUCAUAAUCUAUGGGGUAUCAGGUGUGUGAUGAUUUUUAUGGAUCAAUAAUUUUAAAAUAUAUUUAUAUAGAAAACUGAUGACCCCCCACCUACCCUGAUCUUAAAAUCAUCAAACCCCAAGACACAACGGACCGUUUGUUAUUUAACUGGUAUUAAACUGGUUGCGAAGUGGUUACUGAUACUGCACUGUGUUUUAGCUGGAAUAUUGCUGACAGGGGGAAUUUAAUAUUUAAAUUUGGGACCAGUUCAAAAGUUUACUGUUAGAUUAAAAUUUCUAAAUGUUUUAGGGACUGUUCAUAAUUUAUGGCUAUUUUAAGGGGUAGGUCAUCCAUUUUGUUCUGGGGGUGUGGUUGGUACACACUUGGGAUUUGCAGGGGGUGGGUUGACUUUGUACAUGCUUCUCCAUGAAAAUCAUCAGCCCCCACCCCCAUGCCUUAAAUUAUGAACGGUCCUUGUAAAGAGUGACAAUAAUAUCUUGGUUCAGUUGCAACUGGUUCCGAAAGUGUGAAUUAUUUGUUGCUCUUGACUGUAAUAAAUGAAAGAAAGAGAAA